AUUGUUGUUUUAAAGCACAGAAAGGCUGAUAAUUUAUAGGAUUAUAUGGAUAAAUAUGAAAGUGAAUUCAAGAAACAUUGACAAGAAGUCAGAGAAUUCAUUGCAUCCAGAAACAAUACCAAAAAUUUGAGGGUAUAUGAGCUAACAAAAAUGCUUCGCAAAGGCAAUUUCAAGGCAAAACCCUCCAUAACCUCAACUCCAACCCCUCCCAAAUCUAUCUCCAAAUAACCAACUCUCUCACCCCAAAAAGAAGCCCAAAUGUUCUAAAAAAUUUCAGCUCAAAAAGAAACUUGUCUUAAAAAUCAAUAGUAUUUUCGAAACAAAUUCUUCUUCUGCAAAAUCAACUUCCACGAUGCGAUCAACCGGAAGUAUCAAUAAGAAUAAGCCCAAUGUGGAUGUCUGCAAGUAGAGAAAGUUCCUUUAAGCUAGAGGCCCGAGAAGGGUACCCCUUCUCGGGCAGGAGUUUGCUGGCCAAGUCACUAUCCAGGAACACCAAAGGAUGUGAGCCAUGUGCUAGUGCUUUAAAUGAGCCUGGCUUAGAGGAGUUUGAAAAUGGAAAUUUGAAAUAUACGAAGAAGAAACUGAGCAAUUCAGGAUCUCAGAAAAGAUACUAUCAAUCUUCAUCACCUUAUGGAGGAAAUAAUGAGAAUUCAAAUCAUUGCUUGAAAAAUUGGGUGUCUCCCAUUAAAAGGUUUAUGCCCGUAAAGAUCAAAUCAAAACUCCAGAAACCGAGAAUGCUCUUCAGAAACAAGUCAGGAUACCAUACCCAGGACAAGUCUGAAUCCACCUUCAGCAGCCCCUUACAAGGGUUAGAACAGAACAAAAUGAUUAAGUGUCUCAAGAAUGAUUUGAAGAAAUUCAUCACCCAUUCACGUGAAAGAAAGUGAGGCACAAGUAUCCUCCAAAAACCGAAGACAGAAAAGCCAGAGGAAAUCCAAAGAGCGAAUAAGCCUAAGCCUCGUACCAUUACUACAACCGAGUCAAAAGAAGAAGGCAGAUACAAAGCAGCUCAGCCUAAGAUAAUGCUCAAGCCUGUGUUAUCAACGUUGUUUAGAAACGAGCUGAAUACCGAUUUAAAACUCACAAGAAAUCUAGUAGAAAUUAAAACUAGAAAUGGCCACCAGACCUCUGUUGCUUCUAAUUGUGAAGGUGAUCUUGCUCGAAGGAAUUUGGAGAGAAUUGUUCUGCAUAAAUUUGGGUCUUAUACCCCAAAUUAGGGCAAGAUAACUCCCAAAGGUUAACAAGUUAUCUAUCUAAAAUUGUGUUAGAAUUCG